AUGGUAUGCAGGGAUUAUUUACCAGAUUUUCCAUGGAUCCCAGCAUAUCAAGGUGUAAUCACUUUAUUUGUGAUUGCCAAUUUCACAUUGGCCACAUUUAUGGAUCCUGGAGUCAUUCCACGAGCUUCCCCAGAAGAGGACAGGGAGGAUGAUUUUAGAGCACCUCUCUAUAAAAAUGUUGAAAUAAAUGGUAUCACUGUGCGCAUGAAGUGGUGUGUAACCUGCCAGUUCUAUCGGCCACCUCGCUGUUCUCAUUGUAGUGUGUGCAAUGUAUGCAUAGAGACAUUCGAUCAUCAUUGUCCUUGGGUCAAUAAUUGCAUUGGCCGGCGGAAUUAUCGUUUCUUCUUCAUGUUUCUUAUAUCUUUAAUUUCAAGAGGUCGUACAACUAAUGAACAAGUUACAGGCAAAUUCAAAGGUGGUUAUAAUCCAUUUUCAAGAGGUUGUUCUCGUAAUUGCUGCUAUAUUUUGUGUGGACCUCAGUAUCCCAGUUUGUUGAACGCCAGUAAGUACGUGGGCAAGCCGAAAAGAUACCCCUUGUCUGCUUCUGCAAUUUCAACCAUAACGAGUGAGAACCAGGUAAAGACCUACAUGGAUAACAGCAAUGGGGUUAGAAAUGCCAGUUCGAAUGCUUACAAUAAGCUGUCCCCAGGACGUGGUGAAGGUUCAGAUACUGAUAUGGAACCAACAGCGUCUCAGUCACAGGACUGUGAACCUACUCCACCAUUGCAACGCCAUGGUUCCAAGAGCAAUUUCUUCCUGCCACCUGUGGAAGGAGGUGAUUCUCCUCGUAAAGGCAGCCAUCCUCAGCAGAUGAGAGGAUCUUUUCCUCGAGGUAGUCCUCAUCCUCGACCAAGGGGCAUGGAAAUGCCGUCGUCUCGCAGUCACACGCCCGACCCCCUGUCACCUGAGCAGCAGCCUCAGGGAGGCCAGGGUCCUUCUGGGCAGUCACCUGCAGGCCGUGGACCUGGGCCUAGUCCAACUAUGCAACAGCGCAUCAAGGCCAUUGGGGUGCCUACGCCUCUUGCUAUGUCCAGCCCUGUCAGAAGGUCCAACCCCGGGACGCCGACGCAGCCGCGGCGGCCGGACUUCAUCGGCGUGGGCGGGCUGGCGGGCGGGCCGCCCUACUACGACUUCCAGCACGGGCCCGGCGGCGCGCACCAGGUGGCGCACCCCGGCGCGCACCACGGCGGCGGCACUGAUCUUGAACUUCAGUCAUGUGAUUGUUUUAAAAAUGUGGGUUAG